GCAAGAAAGGCCAGUAGGAAGGAAGAUGAACAUAGGCGUAGCUUUGCAGCCACCCCCGCUCCAAUUUCGCUUCCUCCCAUCAUAUCACUCCGCCGCCAAUCCUCCCGCCACCACCAUCAAUUCUUCCCCACUGCUAUCUCUCUCAUUAGUUGUGUCACCGCCACGUCUCUCUCCUCCCACCAGCUCAGCCUAGACAACCGACAAGAGGAGGACGACGACCAAGACGACGUCGCUUCCUUGAACAACCGCCGCUACGACUUCUCCCCACUCCUCGAAUUCCUCUCUACUUACACUCCCGACCACUCUAACAGCUCCGCUGACUCCCCUACCCAGCUUCACCCCGCUGAGCUCCGUCUCGCCGAGUCCUACCGAGCCGUGCCCGCCCCGCUUUGGCAUUCCCUCUUAAAAUCACUCUCCUCCACUCCUUCCUCUAUCCCCACCGCAUAUGCUCUCGUCACCUGGCUCCAAAAACACAAUCUUUGCUUCUCCUACGAGCUUCUCUACUCCAUUCUCAUCCACGCCCUCGGACGCUCCGACAAGCUUUACGAAGCCUUCUUGCUCUCCCAGCGCCAGAGGUUGACUCCCUUGACUUAUAAUGCCCUCAUUGGCGCCUGUGCUCGGAAUGACGACCUCGAAAAAGCCCUUAAUUUGAUGGCCAGAAUGCGUCGCGACGGCUACCAAUCUGAUUUUGUCAAUUAUAGUUUGAUUAUUCAGUCACUUUUGCGCAACAAUUCCAUUGAUUCCACCGUCUUAGAAAAAUUGUAUGACGAAAUAGAGGCUGAUAGGAUCGAGCUUGAUGGGCAGUUGUUGAAUGAUGUAACUGUGGGGUUCUCCAAAGCUGGUGACGUUAGUAGGGCCUUGUAUUUCCUAUCCGUAAUCCAAGGAAACGGGUUGAGUCCCAAGACUGCAACUUUGGUUGCUGUCAUUUCGCAGUUGGGGAAUUCGGGGAGGACCGAGGAGGCCGAGGCUGUUUUUGAGGAGUUGAAAGAAGGUGGACUGAAGCCCAGGACGAGGGCUUAUAAUGCCCUCCUCAAAGGAUAUGUUAAGACCGGUGCCUUGAGGGAUGCCGAGGAUGUUGUGUCAGAGAUGGAGAGGAGCGGGGUGGCCCCGGAUGAGCACACGUAUGGUCUGCUUAUUGAUGCUUACGGAAAUGCCGGUAGGUGGGAGAGCGCGAGAAUUGUAUUGAAAGAAAUGGAAGCUAAUAACGUUCAACCUAAUUCGCAUGUUUUUAGUAGGAUUUUAGCUAGUUAUCGUGAUAGGGGAGAGUGGCAGAGAUCGUUUCAGGUGCUCAAGGAAAUGAAGAAUAACGGGGUGACUCCUGACAGGCAAUUCUACAAUGUCAUGAUUGAUACUUUCGGCAAGUAUAAUUGCUUACAUCAUGCAAUGGAUACAUUUGAGAGGAUGAAAUUGGAGGGAAUUGAGCCAGAUACUGUGACAUGGAAUACGCUUAUUGACUGUCAUUGUAAGCACGGGCAUCAUAAUAAAUCCGAGGAGUUGUUUGAGGCAAUGCAAAAAAGCGGUUGUUUGCCUUGCACCACAACAUACAAUAUAAUGAUUAAUUCGUUUGGGGAGCAGGAGAGGUGGGAGGAUGUGAAGGACUUGCUCGGUAAGAUGCAGAGUCAGGGGUUACUGCCUACUGUUGUUACAUACACACUUGUUGAUAUAUAUGGACGGUCAGGGAGAUUCACCGACGCAAUAGAGUGCUUGGAGGUGAUGAAAUCUGUAGGAUUGAAACCAUCCUCAACCAUGUACAAUGCCUUGAUCAAUGCUUAUGCACAGAGGGGAUUAUCGGAGCAAGCAGUAAAUGCAUUUCGGGUAAUGAGAGGAGAAGGUCUAAAGCCUAGUUUAUUGGCUUUAAAUUCACUUAUCAAUGCAUUUAGUGAGGAUAAGGAUUCUGAAGCCUUUUCUGUUUUACAGUACAUGAAGGAUAAUGACCUUAAGCCAGAUGUGGUUACUUACACUACACUCAUGAAGGCUCUAAUUCGUGUAGAGAAAUUCGAAAAGGUUCCAGCUGUUUAUGAAGAAAUGCUAUCAUCUGGAUGCCUCCCAGAUAGGAAAGCUAGAGCAAUGUUACGAUCUGCUCUGCGAUAUAUGAAGUCUACAUUGAAAGUGUAGUUGGUUUCACAAUACCUUUGGCCAAACCAAAAUACUGAUCCAUGUGAUUGUGUUGAUAAAUCAUCUGUUUGAGUCUACAUGCUGCGACCCUUUCAUGGAGGUUGAUAUGUGAUAGGCUAUUCCAGCUUAGUGCAGAUAUAAGAUUGUGUCUGAAGUCUUUGAUGUUGAAGUUUGAUGAUGCAAAAUCAGAGAGGAUGAAGGUGAAAUCAGAUGUAGCAGUUAGAUGCUUCAAGACUCCAAAAGGAUUAAGAUGCAUCAGAGGCCCUGAAAUAUCUAUCUUCUACCUUCGACCACUUGAAAUUGAAUGUCUUACACUUCUUUGUUAUGCAUCCAGAUUGAAGGUUCCAUUUUCCUUUCUAUACAGAAGAGAACAAUGAUAUAUUUUUUAUCCUUAAAAUGAUUCUAAAAAUUCUAGGAAGAGGUCCUCAAGAUGAUUGUGUUGUUCUGAGGACCAGUGUUAAUUGUAGAUUGUAAAUAAACUGGGAAACAUUCUGUCUUUGAUUGUGAUCAUGGAAGUGUAAUAUUCUACUGAUAAUUUUGAGGCAUUAGUUUCUCAAUUUGCGAGUCAAAAUGGUUUAUCCUGUGCA